AUGUUCAGUCAGGGACCCAGGACCCCAGCUUCAGGCUGCUACUAUCUAAAUUCCAUGACACCUGAGGGCCAGGAGAUGUACUUGCGAUUUGAUCAGACUGCGAGGCGCUCUCCUUACAGGAUGAGCCGGAUUCUAGCACGCCAUCAGCUAGUGACUAAAAUUCAACAAGAAAUCGAGGCGAAGGAAGCAUGCGACUGGCUCCGUGCUGCUGGGUUCCCACAAUACGCUCAGUUGUAUGAGGAUUCCCAAUUUCCCAUCAACAUUGUGGCUGUCAAGAAUGAUCAUGAGUUUCUUGAAAAGGACCUUGUAGAACCUCUUUACAGACGACUGCAUACAUUGAACAAGUGUGCCUCAAUGAAACUUGAUGUGAACUUCCAAAGGAAAAAGGGUGACGACUCAGAUGAGGAAGAUCUCUGCAUCAGCAACAAAUGGACUUUCCAAAGAACCAGCCGCCGGUGGUCUCGCGUGGACGACCUGCACACACUGUUCCCCGGAGGAGACAGAAAUGGGUCAUCGGGAGACAUUAGGAUGAGGAACACCACCAGCAGUGAAAGUGUCCUCACAGACCUGAGCGAGCCCGAGGUCUGCUCCAUUCACAGUGAGAGCAGCGGAGGGAGUGACGGUCGCGGCCAGCCGGGCAGCCACAGCGCGGGCCGCGAGCCGUUCGACUGCCCCGGCCAGUCCUGCCCCGACAGCCCAGUCAUGCUGGACGCCACGUUUGUCAGCGGCAGCCUCCCACAGUCCCCCAGAGACGUUCUCAGCUACCCCCUCCACCCAAAGAAUGAGAAACCCACCAGGACCAGAGCCAAAUCAUUUUUGAAACGUAUGGAGACACUCCGAGGGAAGGGAGCGCACGGAAGGCACAAGGGGCCGGGGCGGACCGGGGGCUUGGUGAUCAGCGGGCCCGUGCUGCAACAGGAGCCAGAGGCCUUCAAGGCCAUGCAGUGCGUCCCCAUCCCGAACGGGGAUCUCCAGAGCUCGCCCCCCGCUGCCUGCACCAGAGGGCUCCUGAGCUCCGGCAAAUGGAGCGGGGAAAGCAGCCAGUCGUUAAACAGCGGUAGCGGGGUGAGCACGCCCGGCCCCAAGGAACGGAAAAGCCAGGAGGCCAACAAGCGCGGGGGCAUGUACUUGGAAGACCUGGACGUGCUGGCCGGGACGGCACUGCGGGACACAGGCGACCAGAACCACGCACACGAGUUCCAUUCCCAGGAGAACUUGGUCGUGCAUAUUCCCAAGGAUCACAAACCAGGAACGUUCCCCAAGGCACUCUCUAUUGAGAGCCUCUCGCCCACAGACGGUAGCAAUGGGGUUAACUGGAGGACCGGUAGCAUCUCCCUGGGCAGACAGCAGGGCCCUGGUGCCGGGGAGCCCAGACUCAUGGCGUCCUGCCACAGAGCAAGUAGAGUCAGUAUCUACGACAACGUCCCGGGCUCCCAUUUGUACGCCAGCACGGGAGACCUUUUGGACUUGGAGAAAGAUGACCUCUUCCCUCAUUUAGAUGACAUCUUGCACCACGUCAAUGGGCUCCAGGAGGUAGUGGAUGACUGGUCAAAGAACGUCUUGCCUGAGCUGCAAACACACGACGCACUGGUUGGAGAAUCUGGAUUAUGCCCCUUUCCAUCGCCUAAUCAGAUCACCUUAGAUUUCGAAGGCAACUCAGUCUCCGAAGGUCGGACAACACCCAGCGAUGUGGACAGAGCAUCUCUUAAUGAGUCGGAGGCCACUGGGGUCAGGGAAAGGAGGGAUUCUGGUGUAGGGGCCUCUCUGACCAGGCCAAACAGGCGACUCCGAUGGAAUAGUUUCCAGCUCUCGCACCAGCCUCAGCCGUCCACGGCACCCCACAUCAGCAACCAGACAGCCGGCCAGCUGAACCUGCUCCAGCGUUUCUCACUGCUUCGCCUCACGGCCAUCAUGGAGAAGUACUCCCUGUCCAAUAAACACGGCUGGACGUGGUCAGUUCCAAAGUUCAUGAAGAGGAUGAAAGUUCCUGAUUACAAAGACAAGACUGUCUUUGGUGUUCCCCUCAUAGUUCACGUGCAGAGAACGGGACAGCCCCUGCCUCAGAGUAUUCAGCAAGCACUCAGAUACCUGCGUAGCAACUGCCUCGAUCAGGUGGGUCUUUUUCGAAAAUCGGGCGUGAAAUCUCGAAUCCAUGCAUUACGUCAGAUGAACGAGAGCUUCCCUGAGAAUGUCAGCUAUGAGGACCAAUCUGCUUAUGAUGUGGCGGAUAUGGUAAAACAGUUCUUCCGGGACCUCCCGGAGCCUCUUUUCACCAACAAGCUCAGCGAGACCUUCCUCCACAUCUAUCAGUAUGUCCCCAAGGAGCAGCGGCUGCAAGCGGUGCAGGCGGCCGUCCUGUUGCUGGCCGACGAAAGCAGGGAGGUCCUGCAGACGCUGCUGUGCUUCCUGAGUGACGUGGUCAACUCGGUGGAAGAGAAUCAGAUGACACCCAUGAACCUGGCUGUGUGUCUGGCCCCCUCCCUCUUUCAUCUUAAUUUACUCAAGAAAGAAAGCUCCCCCAGAGUCAUACAGAAGAAAUAUGCCACCGGGAAGCCAGAUCAAAAGGACCUCAGUGAGAACCUGGCCGCGGCUCAGGGGCUUGCCCACAUGAUCACAGAAUGCGACAGACUGUUUGAGGUCCCACAUGAGUUGGUAGCCCAGUCCCAUAACUCAUACGUGGAGGCUGAGAUCCACGCUCCAACUCUAGAAGACCUGGGGUCCCAGCUGGAGGAGAGCGGAGCAACUUUCCAUAUGUACCUGGAACAUCUCGUCCAGGGGCUCCAGAAAGAAGCCAAGGAGAAGUUCAAAGGCUGGGUCACGUGCUCCAGCACAGACAAUACAGAUCUUGCUUUCAAAAAGGUGGGGGACGGGCAUCCGCUGAAGCUAUGGAAGGCCUCUGCGGAGGUCGAAGCGCCCCCCUCGGUGGUUCUGAAUCGUGUGCUGAGAGAGCGUCACCUGUGGGAUGAGGAUUUUGUGCAGUGGAAGGUUGUGGAAACUCUGGACAAGCAAACAGAAAUCUAUCAGUACGUGCUGAACAGCAUGGCCCCCCAUCCUUCCAGGGACUUCGUGGUUCUCAGGACCUGGAAGACGGACCUGCCCAAAGGAACGUGUACCCUGGUGUCCCUCUCCGUGGAGCACGAGGAAGCCCAGCUCAUGGGCGGCGUGCGGGCCGUGGUGAUGGAUUCUCAGUACUUGAUAGAACCGUGUGGCUCCGGCAAAUCGAGACUGACCCACAUCUGCAGGAUAGACCUGAAAGGUCACUCCCCAGAGUGGUACAGUAAAGGCUUUGGACAUCUGUGUGCAGCAGAAGUUGCCAGGAUUAGAAACUCUUUUCAGCCCCUCAUUGCUGAGGGUCCAGAAACUAAAAUCUGA